UUCCCAACUUCAAAGAUGCAAGCUGUCAGAUCUUUGUUCAUUCGUAAGUGCUCCUCGGACGUGCGUCUGGAUGGGAAGACGGCUAUAGUAACAGGAGCCAACACUGGAAUAGGCAAAGAAACAGCUAAGAACUUGUCCGAAAGAGGAGCCCGAGUGAUUCUGGCCUGCAGAGAUGUGGUAAAAGGAGAGCAGGCUGCUGCUGACAUCAGGAGGGAGGUGGAUGGAGCAAAUGUAGUGUUCAGGCAGCUGGAUCUGGCUGACACCAAAUCCAUUUGCCUGUUUGCUGAAAGCAUUUAUAGCACUGAGAAAGCUUUGCACUACCUGGUGAACAAUGCAGGGGUGGCCAUGUGUCCUUACGCCAAAACAGCAGAUGGAUAUGAGCUGCAGUUUGGCGUCAAUCACUUGGGUCAUUUUUUCUUGACCUUCCUGCUGCUGGACCUGUUGAAGCACUCGGCCCCGUCGCGCGUCGUAAACGUCUCGUCUGCCGCCCACGCCAUGGGCAAGAUCCAGUUCGAUGACUUGAACGGGGACAAACAUUACCACCCUUUCAGUGCCUACGCUCAGAGCAAACUGGCUAAUGUGUUGUUCACCAGAGAGCUGGCCAGGAGGACGGAAGCUCUGGGUGUGAUGACUUUCUCAGUUGACCCUGGGAUUGUGAACACUGAAAUAACAAGGAACCUUUGGCGCCCUCUUGUGGACAUCACUAAGACCUUCAGUUUCUUAACCAGGACUCCAGCUGAGGGAGCCUACACCAGCAUCUACUGCAUCAUCACUCCUGAGAGCCAGAUGAUCUCUGGUGGAUACUACAGGGACUGUGCCAGUGCAAAGAGUUGCAGAGCCGGCGAGGACGAUGGCACCGCCCUGAAGCUGUGGGCCGUGAGCUGCCGCAUGGCCAAGUCGCGCACAGGUGCAGAAGAGGAGAAUCAACAGCUCUGGAGGAAGAAUGCACUGCAGGUAGGAGGAGGAGGAACACUUUCCCAACAACUUCUGACUUUGUGCAGCAUUAGAGACAUGAACAAUGUGAGACAUUUUAAGCAGAUUAAACUACAAAGUGGCUCCAGGAGUGCAUGCUGCAACCACUGGUCAUCUGAGGAGAGGCUUGAUGGGAAAACGGUCAUCAUCACUGGAGCCAACACUGGCAUCGGCAAAGAAACUGCCAGAGACUUGGCGAGGAGAGGUGCUCGUAUUAUCAUGGCGUGCAGAGACCUGGAAAGGGCAGAGGAGGCACGCACCGACAUUUUUGAGGGCACAGGAAAUGAGAAUGUGGUCAUCAGGAAGUUGGAUCUGUCUGACACCAAGUCAAUAAAGGCCUUUGCUGAAAUCAUCAACAAAGAGGAGAAACAAGUAAAUAUCCUUAUAAACAAUGCAGGCAUCAUGAUGUGCCCCUACUCCAAGACAGUUGAUGGAUUUGAGAUGCAGCUGGGGGUCAAUCAUUUGGGUCACUUCCUCCUGACCUAUCUGCUGCUGGACCUCAUGAAGCGCUCUGCUCCCGCUCGGAUCGUCGUCGUGGCGUCAGUGGCCCACACUUGGACUGGACUUCGGCUGGACGACAUUAACAGUGAGAAGAGCUAUGACACCAUGAAGGCCUACGGACAGAGCAAACUAGCUAACGUCAUGUUUGCACGCUCCCUCGCCAAACGCCUAGAAGAAACAGGAAUAAGUGUGUUCUCUCUGCACCCGGGGGUGGUGCAGUCCGACCUGUGGCGGCACCAGCAUCAGUGUAUCCAGGUAGCAGUGAAGAUCUUUAGGAUUUUUACCAAGACACCAGUGGAAGGAGCUCAGACCACUAUCUACUGUGCCGUAGAGCCAGGUCUGGAGAUUCUUAGUGGACAGUACUUCAGUGACUGCGCCCCUGCAAGGUGCUCAAGAGCGGCUGCCGAUGACGACCUGGCAGAGAGACUAUGGGAGAUCAGCUGUGAGAUGCUUGGCAUCACUUGGCAGUGAGCUAGCUGCAGGAAAUCACCUGGGAAACAACAAUAAC